AUGCUGCUGUCGGCUCUUUUUAUCGGAGCAGUUUCUGCAACCGACUUCGUAACAUGCGGAAGUGUCAUCAAACUCGUCAACAAAGCCUAUACGAUGAGACUUCAUAGCCACGAGGUGACGUACGGUUCUGGCUCUGGGCAGCAAUCAGUAACCGGUUUCCGCGGUGAGACAGAUUCCAAUUCGUAUUGGUGGAUCCGCGGAGCUUCUGAAGACAGCUGCAAACGAGGUGAUUCAGUCAUGUGCGGUAGUGAAGUGCUUCUUACACACAUUAACACGAUGAAAAAUCUCCACUCUCAUCAUCACAGAGCGCCGCUUACGAACAAUCAAGAAGUCAGUGCGUACGGCAACGACGGGGCAGGAGACGCGAUGGACGUUUGGGAAGUAAUUUGCGGAGGCAACAAUCCCUGGCGACGAGACAGCGCGGUGAAACUGAAACACAAGGGAACGCAAAAGUACCUCGCUGCCAGCGGUCAACAAUUCAACCGACCCAUCAGCGGCCAAAUGGAAAUCGUGGCGCAGUCGAAAUCUGGCGGAGCAACUGAGUGGAAAGUCGCCGAAGGUGUUUUCGUCUCUCCACCAACCCAAAGCGGACAUGACGAGCUGUGA